UAGGUUAAGUUGAAAUUUUGACACAUAAACACACUUUAGGCAACCAAGUGUACAUAUUGUUUUAUUUUCCACCGAUAGAUGGCGCAUUUUUUGACAGAUCAUAUGAUGAAUCAGUGAAAAAAUUACAUCGAAAACGGUAAUAUUCCAGAAAAAAAUGGCAGAUUUGGAAACAAUCAAUUAUUUCUUAGACAAAUUAACCGUAGAUUCUUUGACAUUAAUGGAAGAGUAUAUAGAUCUCAAAUUAAGUUUAGAAGACUCAAUGAAUGAUGGUGAAACAAACUUGGCUAAAUCCCGCUACAUCCUUGGCCAAAAUAAUGUAUCUAAAUUACAGUUACCAAGCGAAGAUAGCAAUGAUUUUUCAGCGGGGGUUGUUGUAAAUAGUGAAAUCAACCCCGAUUUGGGAUUUAGACAUUUCGACGUGGAAUUUGUAAAAGAAAGUGAUGAAAAAAGCGAGGUGAAAAAUCCUUUGAGAUGGUUUGGCGUUUUAGUCCCUCAAAGUAUGCAUUUGGCGCAAAAGAAAUAUAAAGAAGCCUUGAAUUGGGUUGGAAUGAUUGCUAAUAUACAAAGUAAAUUAGAGUAUAAUUGUCUAAAAAUGGAUCAACUCAAAUAUAUGAAAUAUGAGUUGACUAAAACUGAAAAACAAUUACAAGAAUAAGAAAAUUUAAUUAGUUGUAUUUAUUUUGUAAAAAAAUUUGUUGAUAUUAAUGUAGUAUAAAUAAGAAAUAGAAAGGUUUCCCAAUUGAAACGAUAAAGCCUUAAAAAAAUUACAUGUUUCAAUUAGAAACCAAAAAAACCUGAA